AUGCACGUGGAGACUUCCAAGCAACAAAAAAGAUCUCUAAAACAGAUCCGGAAACUCAGAGUUUCACGGUUCGAAGAAACAGAGAUGAACGUCAGUGUAGCUGAUCUGACACGUAUUUCAGGACUUACUACCGACUGGACCCAGGAAUAUGUACUCUGGUCAAUAGACAGGAGUCUUCGACAGAUCUUCCAACAUCUGGAUAAUGCAAGAUCAACACUUAUGGAGCUGAAUGUUUCAGAAUCCCAAGAUGUGACUUCUUCCUCCGACUCUGACAUUGUGGUUCAGGAGAUUGUCCCACCCAGCUGUUACUGUAAAAAGGGAAAGACUUCUACUGACUACAGCAUGUCCUCUGCAUCAUCCAACAACAGCUCGAGCCUGUCUUAUCUUCCCAUGUUUCCUGAAGGGACAGCUUGGCAAUUCCAGAGCGAUAGUGGACCUGUUUCCUCCCAAAAGGAACCAUUUAUGCCCAGGAGCCGUGGCACAUCCCUGCCUACUUCUCAGCUGAUAGAUUCUGAGAAAUCAGAUCUUUCUCUGAAUUUGGCAGUUCUUCGUCCCUUACAAGCAAAAACUUCCUUCAUUAGCUGUAUUUUAGAAUCCUUAGAUCCUUGGGAACAAGAGAAAACAAAAGAUAAGGUUUCUACUUUGGGACAACAUGUGGUGCCUCUGCCUGUGAAGAAAUCCUGGAACACACUCAAUCAUUUCAUGGAUGUACAAGGAGUCCCUGAAGAAGAGCUCCCGAAAACUCAGUUACCUAUACUCAUCCCUCAGAGUAUUGAGCAAAAUACCAACACAUCUCCAGAUCUCCCAUCAUUUCAUCUCCACAUGAACAUUGGGGUGAAUUCUCAAGUCCAUAGGACGGAAGCAAUCAUUUCACAGCCAUUUCCCUCAAACAGGCAGUCACAACCCGAGGAUGACCGCCAAGAACUUAGAUAUAAUCCUUUAGUUAUAUCAAUGGGCACACCAUCUCCCAGAAAUUUAGGGGUUAACAUAAUUCAGGAAGAACAAGCUUUAGUGAAAAAGGAUUCAAAGCAUGUGUUAGAGCCGAAUAUAGAGCAGAGGGUCAUAGGUCUUCCAGAAAAAAGGGUACAGACACAUAAGGCGCAACUAACUAAUGUGGAGCUGACACCCAAGAUACCACGUUCAGCCACUGACAGAAUAAAGGUCACUCCAUUGGCAUUGUUUCAGGUUAUGGACUUAAUGGGAAUAACCCCAAAAUCACAGUCGGAGCUGAUAGACUCUGUGGGGUUUUCCCCAGAGCCGCCAAAUCAAGCAGAAACAGUGAGUAUAACUCCUCAGCCAUCGAAUCAAGUAAUUGAACGAAUAAAAGUAACCCAUCAUCAGCAUCAAACCACGGAAUUAAAGAGCAUGGCCUCAAGACUGAGUCAAGUCACAGAUAACCUGGAGGUAACUCCUGUGACAUUGUUUCACGUCACGGAUUCCAUGGAGAUGAUUGACAAAUUAAGUCCACAUGGCAUAGAACCAGUAGGAGUAGCCCCACAGCCACAAUACCAAGUCAUGGAAUCAGUGAAGAUGGAUACAUUGCAUAACUAUCAAGCCAUAAGACCAGGAAGUAUGAGUCGAGGGCCACAGCAGACAGUUGUGGAAGCUGUGGAAAUGAUUCCCCAGCCUCAGCAUAAAGACAUGGGAACACUGACCAUGACCUUGGGGUCACAGAAUCAAGCCUCAAAACACAUCAGGAUUACUCCCAGUCCAGUACAUCAAAAUGCAAUGGAAAUUAGCUCAAGUGCACUGCCUGAAGCCACUGAAGAUACAAAAGUGUCUCCAGUGGCAAAACAAGCCAUGGAUGUCAUGCAGAUAUUUCCACUAGGACAGCCACACAUUACUAAAUCUAGGGCUUUGAUCCGAGGCUCACAGCCUCCAGCUGAAAAUUUGACCCCAGUGUCAGCUCAACCAGAUGUUCCGACUACUACUGUCCUAGCAGGAACUGUAGAAUCUAGAAGCGUACCCCCACAGCCACCAUCUAAAGUACUGGAACCAUCAGGAAUGACUGAUGACCUACUACCGUCAUGUCAGUCCCUGCAUGCUCUAAAGGUGACCCCGCCAGUCCAGGCAUCUCCGACGGGAAUGAUCACACCACUACAAAUUGUAGAGCCUCAAACUAAAGAGUCUCUGCAAUUGACUUCUGGGUUACAGGGUCAAGUUGAAGACUCCGUGGGGACUACGCCACAACCUCAAGGCACAGAGUGUGUGUCACUGACUCCAAAGUCACAUCAUCAAAUAAUGGAAUCCAGGAAAACAAUCCCAGCACCACCAGAUCAAGGUGCAGUACCUAUAGGAAGGGGCCAAAAGCAUCAAGUUCCAGAAGCUGAAGUAGUGCCAGUCAUACCACUGCUUCAGGAAAUGGAAUAUUUCGGGGGGAGCACAAUCCCACAGACUAAGGUUAGGGAUUCAAUGGACUUUCCCCCAGAACUACUGAAUGUAAAAUCUGAGCACCUAAUCCCAGAUCCAAGAUUGCAAAGUGUGAAAUCUGUGGACAUAACCACAGAUUUAGUCCCACAAAUCGAAAAAUAUGGACCACCAACCUCAACAGUGUUAUGUAUAGAUUUGGCCCCAGAACUGCAUCAGCAGAAUACACAAUAUGAGGAAUUAACCCCCAUACCACAACUGCAAAGUGAGACAUCUGUGCCAUCGGCCCCUGAGUCUCAGUUUCAAGAUGUGAAAUCUGGCCAACUGACAGUUGAACCACAACACCAAAACAAAAAGUCUGCUCGGUUGGCGGCAGGUCCACAAUUGCAAAAUAAUAAGUCAGUACAUUGGAUGCCCGAUUAUCAGUCUCAAGGAAUGGAAGAAGCUCUUUCAGCCCUAUCACAGGACAUACAAGGAGAUAUAAAAAUGGUGGAGUUGACUCAAAGCACCGGCUCUGAUAAGAUAGCCCCUGUACCAUUGCUUGAGGAUACAAACACUCCAUUGGUAGAAGGUAGGAAUCUAAUUCCUGAGGCACUGGUGGAGAGUAUGGAAGUUGGUGAACUGAUCCCAAGCACACACUUUUAUGCAACAAAAUCUUUAGAAGCGACCCCCAAACCAAGUUAUCAUUUCCUAGAACCUGAAGGACUGACCCUACAACAUCCAGCCUCAGAAGCAAGAGUGACCUCUGAACCUUGCCAGCAGGUGGAAGAAUCUGCUCCGUUGCCACAAUCAUCAUUAGGGAUGACUCCAGCACCAUUGAGCCAGACCUCAGAAUCUGUGGAGAUGAGCUCACCACCACUCCAAGAUACUCUUGAAUCUGGGACCCAAGUUGUAAAAGAGAUGGAAGAGACUCCAGAAUCAGGAAGUGCAAUUAAAGAUACUCUGGAUUUGCUGCUAGAUUUAGAAGUGCAAACUAUGACCUCAGGAGUGAUGGCCCCAGAGCCACAGCCCCCAGAUGUGAAGUUUGUUCAGGUGCCUCCAGAACUGUGUGCAGAAGUUACUAACCCAUCGGAAAGAACUCUGAAACCAGAACAUGAAGACACAGAGACCUUCAGAUUGACAGUCUCUAAAGUCGAUGAUACCCAGGGAACCAUCAUAGACCUGUAUUCAGAAGUGAGAUCUCUGGAGUUUAGUCUAGAAUCAGGAGUGCAAGGUGAGAAAUCAGAGUCCCUUGCCCAAAAUUUGAAGUCUGCAGAAGUAAUCACCGAACCACCCUUACAAGUUGUGGAACCUACAGGACUAACUGCAGGACCCAAACCACAUAUUAAAGAUGUGAUCCCAAAGCCACAGCUCCACGAAGUAAAGUCUAGGCAAAUGGAUAGAGAAUCACAGUUGCAAAAUGAGAACUCAGUAAAUGUAAUACAACCAUCAUCUGCAGCAGAGGUAGAUCCUGAAAAGACAAAACCAGAGCCACAUCUACAAAGUUUAUCACCGAAGCAAGGGGAGAGUCCCAUGACUUUUGCACCAGGGAUGCUGUUUCAAGAUAAACCUAUGGAGGUGUUGCAAGGGCCUCAUCUACAAGAUGUAAAACCCAAGGAACUGACUUCACGGCCACAAACACAAGACAGCAAACGUGUGAUCAUCUCAUGUCUGAAGCAGCAAAGUCUAAAACCUGUGAAUAAAGCCAAAGCACAAGGGAUCCAAGGAGUAAAAUUCAUGGAUUUAGUCUCAACACAACAGUAUCAAGGGAGGGCACCCAUGGAUUUAACUCUUGAGCCCGGACAGGAUGACCACAUAAGCACAGCAGAGUGGAAAGGUGAGCUGUUCAACCGGCUGAACAAACAGUUGGAGUCAGAAGGUAUGUUGUCUAUGGGGUCAGAUCAAGAACCCAAACCUGCAGGUAGAAAACCCAUACAGCUCAACUCUAAACUACAAUGUAAAGAUACACCCUCAUUUGAAUUGGCUCCUGAACCAGUUGUUCAUAAUGUAAAAGCUCAAGAGGUCCAAUAUGGGCCACAGGUGCCGAAUAUGAAACCUUGUCCAUUGACUCCAGAAUCACAGGUGUACCAAGUGAAAGACUUGGAGCCAAUGUUAGAGCCACCGCUUCAAGAUGGGGGAACUGUGGCACUAAAUACUGAACCACAAAUUGGAGGUACAAAAUCUGUGCAGUGGAUUCCAGUAUCUGAGUUUCAAAGGGAGAAAUGUAUAGGGUCAAACUUUAGGUUACAGUCUCAGAGUGCCAGCCCUACAGAAUUGAAGCCGUCUACACAACGGAGAGGUGUGAGGUCAUCUGAAUUGACUGUCAGGUCAAAAAUUCAAGGAGAAAAAUCCAGAGAGUUUCAUCUUGAGUCACAGUUACAGCAAGUAAAAACCUCUCCGUUAGCACUAGGGCUGCAGAAAACUAAAACUUUGAACUUAACUUCUGAGCCACAGCCUCAAGGGAUCAAAACUGAUCAGCUAAACAAAGAGACACAGGUAGAAAGUGUAAGAUCCAUCCAGUGGACACCAAGACCUGAAUUCCACGGUGUGACAUUUUUACAGUUCAAUAGUGGGUCACCAUCUCCAGGUGUCGAAUCUACAGAACGGAAACCAUCCAUACAGCUGAGAGGUGGGGAGACAUCAGAGAUGGCUCUAGGGCCAAAACCUCAAGGAAAAAAAUCCGUGGAUUUUAACCUUGGGCCACAAGUACAGUGUGUGAAGACCCCUGAGUUGUCCCCAGGACCACAGCUACAAGACGGAGAAAAUAUCACAUCAACCUCAGAGCUACAGUCUCAGUGUGUGAAAAGUGUGGCAUUACUUCAGGGACCACAGCUUGAAAAUACAAAAUCUGUUCUUUGGAUACCACUGUCGGACUAUCAAGUUAAUAGAUCUACACUGAAUCUUAGGUUACCACCUCAGGAUGUCACAGCUAAAGAGUUAAAACCCUCAGUACAACUAGAUGUGAAGACAUCCGAUGAGUUGACUACGAGGCCAAAGUCACAAGGUAAACAACCUUCCGGGUCAACCCAGGAACAUCAGUCUCAGAGGUCCAAAACUACUGAUUUUAAAUCUGAGCAGCAGUUUAGAAUUAUGAAAGCAUGUGACCCAACCUUAAGGUCAAAGAUCAAUAAUAUAAAAUUGACAUUCAAACCCAGGUUUUGCUUAGAAGACAGGAGCUCUCCUGGAUUAAAGCCUGGAAUACAGCCUCAAGAAGUGAAUCCCUUAGGGUCAUCCCCAGGAACACAGCCUCAAACUGUGACACCUUCAGUGUUUAAACAAGAGUCACAGUCCUCAGAAGUGAAAUAUGGAGCAAUAAGUCAAAGGCCACAAUCACAAAACAAUGUAGAGUUGAAAUGUGAAAAAUCUUCUGAGUUGGCACUUCAGACAAAGCCUCGAGGUAUGAAAUCUGAGAAGAGCUCUGGGCCCCAGUGGCAAUGUGCAAAAUGUUCUGACUUGACACCUGAAACAGAGUCCCCAAAUAUGAAAUGUACUAAGUUAAGUUGCAGCUCACAGAUGAAAGGUAAACCAUGUAUUGAGUUAGCUACGGGUACCAAAACUCAACGUGUCAAACUAGGCUGUAAACCUGGGCCCCAGUGGCAAGAUAUAAAAUCUAACUCAUUUCUGAGGACAAAGCCUCAAGAAAUGGAAAUGGAAGACUGGGAAUCAGGCCCGCUGUUACAAGAUCUGAAAUCUUCAAGGACAAUCAUGGGUAUAAAGGUCCAUGAUGUCAUGUCUGUGGACUUUGGUCCUGGACCACACUUACAAGGUAUGACCUCUGAAGUCAUUACAGGGAAGAGGGUUCAUGGUACGAAAUCUGUAGAAGACAAACCUAGUUCAAAGUUACAAAGUAAGAAACAUGAUUUCACCCCGAGGAAGAUGUUCUUAGGUACAAAAUCUGUAGAGCUGGACUCAGGCCCCCCUUUACAAGAUUUGAAAUAUCCUGAGCUGAUCAUGGAUAUGAAACUUCAAGGUGUGAACUCUAUGGGACAACAUGUUACAAGUAUAAAAUCUUCUGAGGUGGUAACACAGAUAAAAUCCCAAAGUGUAACAGCGGUAGACCUCAAUUCUGGACCACAGACACAAAAUAAAAAGCCGUCUGAGUUGGUUCAAGGGAAAAGGCUCCUAGCUAAGGAGUCUGUAGAGUUUAAUCAAGGCCCAAAGUUACAAGGUGUGACAGUGGAGUCCAAGCCCCCAAAUGGGGAAUCUGGGAAGUUAAACUCAGAUGAGAAAUAUUCUCAGUCAAUUCUGGGGACAAAGCUUCAAUAUGGAAGAUCUAUGGAGGUCAGUCCUGGCCUAUGCUCACAGAGUAUGAAGUCUUCCGAAGUGAUUUCAGAGGACAAACUUCAAAAAGAGAAACCCGUAGGCUUUGUGUAUCAGCCACUGUGGCAAGAUGUAAAAUCUUUAAAAUGGACAUUUGGUAAGGCACUUGACAGGGAACCUUUGCAGUUGGAAACCGCUCAUUUACAGGACAGGAAAUUAACUAUGUUAACAUCAGAAUUACAUCUUCAAGGUAUGAAACCUGAGUCAGUCAACUGUGGAUCAGAGUUGAAAGGUGUGAAGUCUGAGCCCACAUAUGUCCACACAAUGAAGGAUACAGGGAUCAAUCAUGGUUCAGAAUCACAGUUUGUGGGAUUCUCUAAGCAGGCCUCAGACUCAAAGAUUUAUAGAGUGGUGCCUUCUGAACUCAAUGCCAGAAACCAGAAGCGAGAUCGGAAGUCUCACAAAUUAAGUCAAAAGCAACAACUUCAAAAAAUAAAACAGAUAGCGUUCAGGGAUGAGCCACAUUUACAACAUAUCAAGUCAUCAGAAUUAUGUACAAAGCUUCAAGACCUGAAAUCUAUGGAAUUCAAUUCAGAGCAACCGUUGCAAGAUGUGAUAUCUUCUGAGUUGGGCCUGGGAAUAAGUCCUCAGUCUUUAGACGUCAACCCUGGGCCACAUUUGCAAGAGAUAAUACCUUUUGAGGGGCGCACAGAAACCAAGUUUCCAGAUGAGCCAUCUCCGGAAUUCAAGCGUAAGCCUAGACUGCAAGCAACAAUGCAUGAAAUCGACGGAAUUUACUUCAGAGCCGAAGUGGCAAAGUGUAAACCAUGUGAAAUUGUCAUCGGUGUCUCUGCCACAAACUGGAACCUCUAG